CCUCAUGUGGCCGCUUCGUCGCGUCCUAGACUUCUUCCUUCCGCUCGUGCUUGCCCUCGUCCAACGUGCAUGGAGCAUCCACGUGGAGCGAGUGCGACUGCCGGAACGGGUUCACCUCAAUCAGAGUGCGGACUUGUUCUGCGAAUUUAAAUUGCAUGGGGAAGGCCUGUACUCCAUCAAGUGGUACAAGGACGGAUUGGAGUUCUUUCGGUACCUGCCCAGCCGGAAUCACAAGACGCACGUCUUUCCCGUCCCUGGCAUUCACGUCGACUUGGGUGGAUCGAAUGGAACGCGGAUAAGGCUGAGGGCGGUGGAUCUGAACUCGGGCGGCACGUAUCACUGCGAAGUUCUCGGCGAGGCGCCGGCCUUUCGCACUUCCAUGAACAAAGCCACCAUGCAGGCGCACAUGACAGACUUGGUCGAGCACUACCCAAAGACGGAGGACUCCGGCCUGGAAACGUCGGUCCUGCUCCUCAACUUCCCCGCCUAUAAAAGCCGGGCCCGUCCCAUCCUCCGCCUCAAAUGCACUGCAGAUGUCGCGGCCGAGUUCUGGAAGAGCGAGGAGCUGGGCAUCGUGGUGAGAGAUGCUCCGGAGCCGGCCACGUUCACGGGCACGAGUUUCCAGGACGGGGUUGGCGCCCUCAACUAUUCUCGUGCGAAUCGGAGACCCGGCUGGAGUCACCUGGCCUUCCUCCUUCUCCUCUUCUCCCUCUGACAAUCUCCUUUUUUUUUCCUACGAGGAACAGUGUAGAAUAGCUGGACCGACGGGAAGACUAUCGACAGUUCCACUGGACUCACCAUAAGAAUUACACCCUGUCCGGCGAAUCGACUGCUGCCAUUUGAAAAGCCGCCUGCAUUCCGCGUAUUACCGAGGCGAGUUCUUAUCAGUCGUUAUGCGGUGGUCAUGGGCAAGAGAAAGCCAUUAGGGGUGAUGAAAUUGGAGCAAUCAGAUGCAUAAUAAACCGAGCUGUGGACAAUGGAGACGAGGAGACACGUGUUGUUGGUCCCGUGAUGAGGAAGCUCCAAUAUUCAUGAGAAAAACAUUUUCAACCCUCAUGCAUCAGUCAAGAGCCCAUUACCCAAUUACGACCUGGAUUCCGU